UUCUAGCCAGCCUGUCAGGUGAAAUGCUCUCCUUCCGCUGUUUCUUUCCUUCUAAUCCUCCUGUAAAUCUCCUGUAAUCGGGCGAGAGCAUGCUGCCUCCUGACAAACUUACAGCUACAGGCUGCCUGCUGCCUGACUUUGCAUUCAUUGUCUAUGUAAAGACCUGGGAGGAGGAUGGUGUGGCGGUGGUAAUCUAUCGGACAGCCUAGGCACACUGUAAGGAGGGGGUUAGAGCACGUUAGCUGGAGCAGCACGGGUCUGUUGUUGCUGGUACUUAGCCAGACAAACCCAGAGGAACAGAGGAAGAGGGGAUGCAUAUGCUGUAUUGUCCCAGGAAGACGGAGAAAGGGAGUAAACAGAGGGAGAGAGAAGAGGACAAUACCCGCCAUUGGAUAGACAACCAUUUUAUGGGAGCAGCUGUGAUGUGGUAAUCAUCAGCAGGGUCCAGGCAGGGUCCUCUCCACAUCUCAUCCUCCCGUGGGCAGAGGAGGCCUCUUGGUCGGGUGUGAUCUCAUCCUUCCGUGGCAGAGGAGGUCUCUUGGUCGGGUGUGAUCUCAUCCUCCCGUGGGCAAAGGAGGCCUCUUGGUCGGGUGUGGUCCCCUCCUCUCGGUGGGCAGAGGAGGCCUCUUGGUCGGGUGUGAUCUCAUCCUCCCGUGGGCAGAGGAGACCUCUUGGUCGGGUGUGAUCCCCUCCUCUCGGUGGUCCACCUGGUGGUCCAGUGAUGGCUCAUGCACAAGAUGAUCCCCAACUAGGCGCUGGCCCGUCCGAGGAUUCUGAACUCUCUGAGAAUGAGUCCGAAACGGCGAGCUUGGUGUCGGAGGACUCUAUCAUGCCAGACUAUGAGAUGGAGCGGGGUAGUGGAGGCACCACCUCUACGUUGUACGAGGCCUGUAACAGGAACGAGGCGCUGACGCUACAGAGGGUCCUGGAGAGGGGGGUUACUAAGGAAGAGGUUAUGGAGCUGGACAUCAAUGGCAUGAAUGGUCUGAUGCUUGCUGUCUCCAGAGGCUAUGUGGACAUCGUCUACGGUCUACACACGUGUCCACUGAUCGACAUUAACCAUCAGGACAAUGAAGGCAACACAGCACUGAUGAUCGCUGCCCAGGCCGGCUACAUCUCCAUUCUAAACUUCAUCCUGAACUACUACCCUAAGAUAGACCUGGAGGUGAGGGACACCCGGGGCUUCACUGCCCUCAUCAAGGCAGCCAUGCAAGGCAGGGUCGACUGUGUGUCUUCCCUCCUCAUGGCCGGUGCAGAUAUCAAUGUAGUGGAUGAGGUCCGGGGGAAAAGCAUCAUGGACUGGGCCCUGAAGACGGGUCGCUUCGAGGUCCUGCAGCGUCUCCGUUUUCUCCAGGCGCACCCCAUCGCCGAGCAGUUCUGCGACAGCUACGUGAUAGAGUGGCCCGAGCUGAAGGAGCUGGUUGCCAAAGCCAUGAUCCCCAAAACACUGACUCAACGUCUGAAGGACAGCCUGACCAUUAGCUUACCCAAGGACCCUCAGGACAACGGAGUGAUGGACCACCUGGUGAAGAUGACCACAUCCAUCCACAGCCCUCUAGUCUCCACUGGCUGCCGUCCCCUCUGCCCCACAAGCCCCCCCGAGCUCGGGAAGAGGCGCCUGGCCGUGCCGGAGCUGAUGGAGAAGCACAGCAGUAAGGACCUGGAGGAAAGCUCUGUGUGUCAUAGUAAUGGUGUGAAAUGUUCCUUCAAGCCUGCGCCAGCGUCGUCGAGCCCCUUCUCACUCGCCAACUGCUGCUCGUACGCGGAGUGGAGGGAUAGUAUUCUCUCGAUGGCUGCCAGCGGCGUCCGGAACUUCAUUCCUUGUUCCAUGGCCCACCGGAACUCUGUAUUCCCGUCUGGUUGCAUCCCCAAGAUCACCUUCACCAAGUCUCAAGACAAAACACCCAAGAAGGCGAAGAAGGCGAAGAGGCACAAGGGCCACCUGGAGCCUCCGGUCUGGAAGUACAAGGCGGAGAAGCAGGAGAAGAAAAAGGAAAAGGAAAAGUUGGAGGAAGAGAAGCAAGCGCAAGAGAAGGCACUUAAGAAAGCUAAGAAGAAGGCAGCCAAGGUGGCGGCCAAGUCAAAGGAGCCUGCCAAGGCAAGUUAAACUGCUGUCUGUAAAGUGCCACAGAGUGGGAGCACAGAACUCUGGGAAAAUAGAGCGACCUCUGUACUGUCAUCAGACGGAAGAGGAAGCGAGACACCCCACUCGCAGUUUUGUUUACUGAUUGAAUGAAAGUCAACGAACUUAGUAGACCAGACCCAGAUGCUAUUGCAUUGGUGUCCAUGGGAGACCCACCCCUGUUAAGUAAACUAUUUUUUUCAAUGAUAAACGGCCUGAGAGAACUAUCUUGAUUUAUCCAUCAUCUUUGCUGUCAUCUCCUACUAACUCCAUUGUAUCCACUGUGAUGAUGUCAUAUAAGACGGACAAGGGGACGGCUCCCCUGUGGUGGCACCUGCCUGGGGUCAUCAUGGAGGCUCAGUUGCAGCCCUACCUUGGGGCCUCCAAUAACAUGGGUGGAAACUAGCAUCUGAGCCGGACUAAUGGAUUGACUGUUGUUUUUCCUCUCUGCUGGGAUAUGUGACUGCAAAGACUGCAAUGGCCUGGACAUUCCUAGACAUUAUUAUGUGCAAUUCUCUUUUUCUGUUUUAAAUUAUUUUGUUGAUUUAUUUAUUUUUGAGAGUUCAGUUGUUAAAAAGAUCAGUAGAGUUUGUUUGGUCUUCCAUGUUCAUAACUAACCAAUCGAAACUGUGAAGGAACCAGAGCCAUAGCAAAGAAAUCUCUAGUUUCUGAUAAGCAAGGUACUUCCUGAAAAAGAAACAGAACAUGAGUUAGGCAAAUGAUUAGGGAGGAUUCUGAACAAGGUUUCAGAGUGGACUGUUUGAUAAACCUCGUGGUCAGAUGUAGCACAACCAGACCUGGGGUCAAAUACAAUUUAAAAGCAUUUCAAAUGUUUCAGCUGUGCUUGAGAGAGCUUGCCUGUUGAUAUGGAAACAAUAUAAAAGUCCCAAAAGUGCAAACCACACCCAACUGGCACUCCAGGCAAGUUAAAGCAAAUGCUAAAUGUUUUUGUAAGAUUUUGAAUAGUAUUUGAACCCAGGUCUGACCACAACGCACAUCUGAGUUCCAAUCUGCUCUGUGAUUUGUUUUCCUAUGUACUCCAAUUAGCUGUCUUCCGAAAUAAGUAGAUUUUACACUGUUACCGGUGAGAGGACUUUUGACUUUCAAGAGUAGGAAUAUAAUAUCAGGGAUCCCCUCAGUUUUGAUGAGGCUCAGGUAUUUAAAGAUAAACCUGAGUGGCUUAUUAUUACGCUGCACAAACCUGCUCAGUUAGAAGAAAUUGUUUGUUGAUCCAGUUCACAUGUUGUGAUGGAGCUGAAAUUUGAAGUAUGUUAUUCAGUAGGAAUCAACUUCUGUCCUAAUAGUAUGUGAUGGUUAUUUUUAAAUAACACCAUCAUCCUCGUCAAGGAUCCAGAAAAUCGUAUGUGUAGUGGCUUUUGCCAGUCAAAAACCAUUGAUGUGUCAGAUACGGCUCCUACAAUAUGAAAAGAUACAAUAGGCCUAAUGAAUAUUCUAUUACAAAACCAAACAUUAAAACGUUUAAAAACACAACAUCCAUGUGACUUAGUGAUGAUCCUUCUUCCCCCUAUAUCCGAUAGAUUUAGCAGCUUUGGCUAUAGGCUAAGCUGGGUUAGUGUGUGAGCUCAGUGAGCUUGUUAACUGGUGCUAUUAUAGUCACAGUCAGAUCAGACAAUAACCAUGUAGCCUAACCAUAGAUACAGCUGUAACCAUGGGGUGUAACCAUACAACCUAACAAUAAAUAUGUCUGUAACCAUGGGGCGUAACCAUACAACAUAACCAUAGAUACGUCUGUAACCAUGGGGUGUAACCAUACAGCCUAACUAUACAGUACUUUCAGAAAGUAUUCACACCCCUUGAAUUUGUCCAAAUUUU